CUCGCGAUACGUGGAUACACGGAUCUGGUGAAACAAUCUCAAGACGGGGUUUAGUAUUUCAUGUAUCUUAUCAGAGAUUGAUACAGUAACUGGUGUCCCCGAUCAAUCGCCGGUUGUAUUUCCUGUCUUUUUUCCCCCUCAACUUAUAUUCAUCCAUCGAGCCAUGCUGCGCGUGAGAUCGGCGCUCUGCCAGUCUUGGAGGGGGUUUAAAACAUUCCCCUGUGCUGCAGUGGAGGUGAAGAAUGAGCCUAUCCUGGGCUUUCAGGAGGGCAGUCAGGAGAGGGCAGAGCUGCAGAACGCAUUGAACGAGCUAAAAGGGACAACAGAGGAGAUUCCCUGUAUUGUUGGUGAUGAACAUGUGUGGACCAAAGACAUCAGGUACCAGCUGUCGCCCUUCAACCACUCUCACAAAGUGGCCAAAUUCUGCUAUGCUGACAAGGACCUGUUGAACAAAGCCAUCCUGGCGUCGGUGGCAGCGCGUCGCGAGUGGGACCUGAAGCCCGUCCAGGACCGAGCCCAGAUCUUCUUCAAGGCUGCGGACGUCAUUAGCGGACCUAAGAGAGCAGAGAUCCUGGCAAAGACGAUGAUCGGCCAGGGUAAGACGGUGGUGCAGGCGGAGAUCGAUGCUGCCCCGGAGCUGAUCGACUUCUUCCGGUUCAACGCCAAACACGCCAUCGAGCUAGAGGCCCAGCAGCCCCUGGACAGCGACGGCAGUACCAACACCAUGCUGUACCGCGGCCUGGAGGGAUUUGUGGCCGCUGUCGCCCCUUUCAACUUCACUGCAAUUGGUGGGAAUCUUGCAGGAACCCCUGCCAUCAUGGGGAACGUGGUUCUGUGGAAGCCCAGCGACACAGCCAUGUCGGCCAGCUACGCGGUGUACAAGGUACUGAGGGACUGCGGUCUGCCCCCCAACAUCAUCCAGUUCGUCCCGGCCGAUGGGCCCGUGUUCGGAGACACCAUCACCUCCUCCGAGCACCUGGCGGGCAUCAACUUCACUGGCAGCGUUCCGACGUUCAAGAGGCUGUGGAAACAGGUGGCCCAGAACCUAGACAUCUACAGGAACUUCCCCCGUGUGGGCGGAGAGUGUGGCGGGAAGAACUUCCACUUCGUCCACAAGUCGGCGGACGUGCAAAGCGUGGUGACUGGGACCAUCCGCUCAGCGUUUGAGUACGGGGGCCAGAAGUGCUCUGCCUGCUCCAGGAUGUAUGUUCCUGACAGCCUGUGGCCCCAGAUCAAGCAGGGGCUCCUGGACAUCCACAAGCAGAUCAACCUGGGGGACCCUGUGGAGGACUUCAGCACCUUCUUCUCUGCCGUCAUCGAUGACAAGUCCUUUGCUCGUAACAAGAAGUGGCUGGACCAUGCCAAGUCCUCGGCCAACCUGAGCAUCAUCGCCGGGGGCAACUGCGACGAUAAGAAGGGCUACUUUGUGGAGCCUACUAUCAUAGAGACCACAGACCCACGGGAUCCCAUCAUGAACGAGGAGAUCUUUGGGCCGAUCCUGUCUGUGUACGUCUACCCUGAGAACGACUACAAGCAGAUCCUCCAGCUGAUCGACAGCACGUCGCCGUACGCCCUCACCGGAGCUGUGUUCGCUAAAGACAAGACUGUGGUGGACGAGGCAGCCAGGGUCCUCAGGAACGCCGCAGGCAACUACUACGUCAACGACAAGUCCACCGGCUCCAUCGUCGCCCAGCAACCAUUUGGUGGCGCCAGAGCCUCAGGAACUAAUGACAAACCUGGCGGCCCCCACUACGUUCUGCGAUGGACAUCACCGCAGGUUGUCAAGGAGACCCAUGUACCCCUCCAAGAUUGGAAGUACCCCUACAUGGGCUAGAGAUGAGGUAUUGUAGUUUCAUCUCGUCCAACCUAGCCUCCUAUCCCCCAACUAAUCCAAUUUUAACCCUCCAGAGAACAGACUACCCCCUCCCUUAGACCCAUAUCUCUCACCCAUACAAGACUGGCAAUGAAGUAAGAGAGAAUUGUCUCCUUGAACCCAUCCUAAUAUUGGCCCUCGAUGCCCUGAUGAGCCUGCACUGAACCUUACUCACGAAUAAGAAUGUAAUCAGCUGCUUUUAAAGGGAAUUGCUGCGCCAUAGCACCUCCUGGUGGAUCGUCUGGAGUGUGACGGCCUGCUGAAAGAAGCUGCUUGUGUCUGACAGACACAAGGAUGGUACAAGACUGUUUCCGUCCAUGGGUCCAUGGACCCAAUCAAACUGUUGUGGUCAACCAUGGAUUUUACACAUGUAUAGCUACUUCCUGUUACACUGAUGCGUUUCCUGUUAUUGGAUAUGGCCGCUGUGUGUUCCCUUAAUCUUAUGGUAUUGUCAGUGCAGAAGACCUGUAUUACCAUUGCUAUAUACAUCUGUCAUUAGGGACAAACUGUAUUCAUUGAGUCUUCCUUUUAUAGAUGUUUUAAUAACCCAGAAAAUAGACAUCAAUGCAGCAUCCUUAUAAGGACUACAUUUGAGGCUGAAAGCAAAGCAGACUUAUAUAAGUGUCAAGGUCAAAGUCAACAUGUUGUGUAUUGUUCUGAAUAGAACAUUGUAAAAGAAAAGGUUCCUAGUGUUAAAAUGUUCUGAACAUGCAGAUGUUAUAUCAGAAGUACACUUCUAAUUGAAAAUAAUCAUUUUAGUAACAUUGGGUCUUUGUAAUCUGAUACACUGGCUGAGCUGUCAGAGUGAAAUGCCCCUCCUCACACCUUCUCUGAUUGUACGUAGACUGACUGGCUUAUAGCAUGUUCUGUAUGGCUGUGGCCAUUACUGAUGGUCAUUACUUUAUGUCAUGAAUAAUUGAGUAUUGGGUACUGUUGGGUAUUAAUACCUGGUUUAGGCAUAUAUAAUCCUUAGCUAGACCCACUUUAACCCUAAACAGGCUAGUACUUCAAAGAGCUCAUCAAUAUUUACCUCAUCACCUGCAUACUUAAUUUCACUGAUGACAGACUGGUUUUACGGAGAGCGUUUGCACUUUUCUCAAAAUGGAUGAGUCAUUGAGUGUGAGGAUGGUCAGUCUGUAGGCCUCAAUCUGUUUCAGUAAAAAAAAGGAAUGGGGGGGAAUUUAUUUUCAUAAAAUGUAUUUUGUAUUUUAAUUGUCUGUUUUACUGCAGAAUGCAAUUAGAAGUGAAUUAUCUUCAAAAUGUGCCUGUAUUAAUGUAGAUUGAAUUAUAAAUGUAAUCUGUGACAAUAUUAAAUUAUUUCAGUAACAAUA